AUGUCUGACGCCCCCAAGCCCUCCGUGGUGCUGGAAGCGCACGAAGUCGAUACCUUCCACGUUCCCAAGGCUUUCCACGACAAGCACCCUACCGGCACCCAUCUUAAGGAUUUGGAUGAAUACAAGAAGCUCUACGAUGAGUCUAUCAAGAGCCCGGAUACCUUCUGGGCUCGCAUGGCCCGCGAGCUUCUCACUUUCGACAAGGACUUCCAGACCACUCACUUUGGUUCGCUCGAGAACGGCGACAACGCCUGGUUCGUCGAAGGCCGCCUGAACGCCUCUUUCAACUGUGUCGACCGUCACGCUCUGAAGAACCCCGACAAGGUGGCCAUCAUCUAUGAGGCCGAUGAACCGAAUGAAGGUCGCACCAUCACAUACGGCGAGCUGUUGCGCGAGGUGUCCCGGGUUGCCUGGACCCUGAAGCAGCGUGGCGUCAAGAAGGGCGACACCGUUGCGAUUUACCUGCCCAUGAUCCCCGAAGCCGUCAUUGCAUUCCUGGCCUGCUCCCGUAUCGGUGCGGUGCACUCGGUCGUAUUCGCCGGUUUCUCUUCUGACUCCCUUCGUGAUCGUGUAAUUGACGCCAACUCCAAGGUGGUGAUUACCACUGAUGAGGGCAAGCGUGGUGGCAAGGUGAUUGGUACCAAGCGUAUCGUUGACGAGGCUCUCAAGCAGUGCCCUGAUGUGUCUACGGUUCUGGUUUACAAGCGCACUGGUGCCGAGGUUCCUUGGACCCAGGGUCGUGAUCUAUGGUGGCACGAGGAGACUGAGAAGUAUCCCAACUACUUGGCCCCGGAGUCCAUGAGCUCGGAGGACCCUCUGUUCCUGCUUUACACUUCUGGCUCGACCGGAAAGCCCAAGGGCGUUAUGCACACAACUGCCGGCUACCUGCUCGGUGCUGCCAUGACUGGCAAAUACGUAUUUGACAUCCAUGAGGACGACCGCUAUUUCUGUGGAGGUGACGUUGGCUGGAUCACUGGUCACACCUAUGUUGUCUAUGCUCCCCUGCUCCUCGGAUGUGCGACUGUGGUCUUUGAGAGCACACCAGCCUACCCCGACUGCUCGCGGUACUGGGAUGUCAUCGACAAAUACGACGUCACUCAGUUCUAUGUCGCCCCUACUGCUCUGCGUCUGUUGAAGCGCGCUGGCGACCAGUACAUCCACCACAAGAUGAAGUCCCUGCGUAUCCUGGGAUCCGUGGGUGAGCCUAUUGCUGCGGAGGUCUGGAAGUGGUACUUUGAAGCUGUUGGUAAGGAGGAGGCUCACAUCUGCGAUACCUACUGGCAAACUGAGACUGGCUCCAACGUCAUUACCCCCUUGGGUGGCAUCACCCCCACUAAGCCCGGCAGUGCUUCUCUACCUUUCUUCGGUAUCGAGCCUGCCAUUAUUGACCCCGUCUCUGGUGAAGAAAUUACUGGCAAUGAUGUCGAGGGUGUGCUCGCCUUCAAGCAGCCUUGGCCCAGCAUGGCCCGCACCGUUUGGGGCGCACACAAGCGUUACAUGGAUACCUACUUGAACGUUUACAAGGGUUACUAUUUCACUGGUGAUGGCGCUGGUCGCGAUCACGACGGCUACUACUGGAUCCGUGGCCGUGUCGAUGAUGUUGUCAACGUUUCCGGUCACCGUCUGUCCACUGCCGAAAUCGAGGCCGCUCUGAUCGAGCACCCCAUGGUCGCUGAGGCCGCCGUUGUCGGAAUUUCCGACGAGCUGACCGGCCAGGCUGUCAAUGCCUUUGUCGCUCUGAAGGAGGGCAACGAGACCAAUGACCAGGUCCGCAAGGAUCUCGUCAUGCAGGUCCGCAAGUCUAUUGGUCCCUUCGCUGCCCCCAAGGCCGUCUUCGUUGUCGAAGAUCUUCCCAAAACCCGUAGCGGCAAGAUCAUGCGUCGUAUCCUGCGUAAGAUUCUCAGCGGCGAGGAGGACAGCCUUGGUGACAUUUCAACACUCUCCGAGCCUGCUGUUGUGGAGAAAAUCAUCGCCACUGUCCACGCCGCUCGUGGCAAAUGA